UCGUCCGAGUCCGUCGCGCGGAACAGACGUGGAGGAGAGCGGGGCAGAGCGCGUCCCCACAGUCGCCCGUCCGGUGUCCGCUCCCGCGCUACGCGACGCCCUCCGUGCACGCAGGCGGACAGUCUACCCGCGGUCGCGCGUUCGUGCAUUGUGUGACGCUAGUAGAGAAUGUGGCGUUGUGAGUACACCACCCAAUAUUGUAGUAUCGGCUAAUGCGUUGGCGGUAGUAGAAUGUAGGUGUGUGUGCGUGCGCGUUUUUGCAUGAGUAUCGAGUGAGCUGUCGAGCGAAGCGCCGCACGUCAUUGAUUGCAGUCGAGUCGUACUCUCCGUCGAAAAUGGAAAAAGGCGAGAAGGACGUGUCGUUGGUGAACGGGGGCCGCGAGAAGGCCGAGGAGGCGGGUGGCGGCGGGGCGGAGGUGCCCGGGACGCCCGAACGCCAGCCCUGCCUGCCGCAGGGGGGCGGGGGCGGCGGGGGGCGCGCCGCGCAGGGGCUGGACGAGGUGGACCGCCGGCGCAAGCUGUCCGCCUCCAACAGCGUGGCCAAGAAGCGCGCCAGCUUCGACAAGGGCGCGGGCGGCGGGCGGCUGGGCGCCCGCGUCGAGGCCCGCCUGCGCCGUCGCACCGGCCUCUCGCGCUUCGGCCUCACCGUCUCCGCCGUCAUCCUCGCGCUGCUGCUCGUCUUCCUCAUCGUCAUCGUGGUGCUGGCGUGCACGUGGCCGCAAACGCCGCACGAGCACAUGUUCCCCGUGUGCACGCGCGCCGCCUGCCUGCAAGCCUCGGCUCAGAUCGUGAACAUUUACGUACUUUGGUGACAACACUACCAUACCCAAUGGAUCCAACUACUAAAGAAUGGAAAUUACAGCACUUGUAUGAGUCUUGUAUGCGCCUUGAUAGUAUUGAAACAGAUGGAACAAGACCUUUAAUAAAGUUAAUUUUUGAAUUAGGAGGUUGGAUUGUUCUUCCUGAUUUCCAUCCUGGAGCCUGGAAUAUGGAACGUACUAUAGUUAAAUUAUUUGAAACACAACAGAUCACUCCUUUUUUCCAAAUAGAUGUUGUUCCUGAUCCUCGGAAUCCAUCAAAAAAUAUAGUGAAGAUAAUACCGGGAGGUCUGGAUUUACCUCACAAAAGUUUCUAUUCUCGAACACCUGAUUCCCCAGUGCCUUCUGCCUUCAUGCAGUUCUUACGAGAUAUAGUUGCUCUCUUAGGUGCCAGAAGUAGUGAUGCUAAACGAUUCAGCACAAAUAUGUUCUACUAUCAACAGCGGCUGGCAACUGCAAUGCCAGACAAUAUAGAUAUAGAGGAUCCAGUUGCAAGCAGUCACCGGGACACUAUUGGAAAUCUUCGAGAAAAAGCAGGCUCUAUACCAUUAAUGGAUAUUCUUCAGCUUGUUUUUCCUAAAGCUAUAAUAAAUAAUGAAACUGAAGUACUGGUCCCAUCAUCUAAGUUCAUGAAUACAAUUUCAUCUAUUCUUUCCACAACAGAUAGAGGGCCUUUGAAUGAGUACAUGAUGUGGGUAGUUGCCUCUUCUUAUAUUCCAUAUUUGAAUUUUGAAGUUCGUGACAUAGAGAUGACUUACCAUCGUGUUCUUACUGGUGCACAGGUGCCUGCUGAGAGAUGGGAGACCUGUAUAACAACACUGGAAAAAUAUAUGGGAUUAGCUCUUGCAGCACUUGUGGAGCAAUCUUCCCAUAAUGCUGAGAGAGAUGCCACAAUUAAACAAAUAAACCAAAUGUUUGAUAACAUACGUGAUGCAGUAAGAAGUAGCCUUGCUAAAGCUUAUUGGUUUGAUAAAGAACUUCAAGAAUUAGCUCUUCAAAAGAUAAAUACUAUGUCACUUCAAGUUGGAGUUUCUUCUUCAGUUGUGAAUGAUCAAUAUUUGAAAACAUUUUAUAAUAGGCUUCAGAUACAAAGAAAUGACUUCUUUAGAAAUAUUCGCAAUGCAAGAGAAUUUCAGAUGUCUUACUUAAAUAAGAAGUUAAUGGAGCCUCAAGAGGAAUACAAAUGGAUUGAUGCUGCUGUAGGCAAAAAUGUAGCAUAUAUACCCACGGCAAAUAAAAUUGUGGUGCCUCAGUGGAUGCUAUCUCCUCCACUUUAUAAUCCACAGUACCCUACGUCUGUACAAUAUGGUGGUUUAGGAGUCGAAAUUGCUUAUGCCGUAGUAUCUGCUGUUUUACCACCGAACAUUCUAUUUGAUGGUGAAGGAGUGUUGCUCAAUGAAAACAGCACAGUUGUGAAUCAUUCAGCAACAACUGUAAGGAGAGCCAAAGCAUUUGUUGUCAGAGAUGUGGUGCAAAAUGGAAUAGCAAGUCAAGAUGUAGCAAAUAAAACUGCUUUAACGUCUGUGAUUCACAUUGCAGCGUUGCGUCAAGCUCACAUGAGUCUGUGCUCGAAAUCCACUCCACAACAGAUGGAUAUUGAUCUUACAACUAGUCAGCAUUUGAACGGUAGUCAAUUGUAGGUAUCAUAUGUCAAUACACUUUUACCCAAGAACAAUAUUUUGAGUCUCCAAAUUAGGAAUUUUGGAAUUUUACAGGAGACAAAAAAAGGAGGCAUUCCAGAUAGGAAGGGUGAACUUGUUACAAACAAGAUAGCAAAGCAAGGUAUCAUAACUUGGGAAAGUGAAUCUUGAAAUGCAACGUGUAUUUGCAAAGUUUUGUUGAACCUUCUAAGACUGGGAAUGAUUUGGGAGUGAUUUUAUCUCAGGACCUUAAAUUGAAAAACAAUGAGCAGUCAUCAUCAAAAAAAAAAAGUGAAUGUUCACUAUUCACUGAGGUGGAACUUUUCUACUAUGGAUGUUGAAUUGCACUUAUGCGAGACCUAUUAAGGAGAACAGAAGUGUGGUCUGAUCCCCUGACUACUAAAAAGGCAUUUCCUUCUUGAAAAAAAUGUAGAAAAAUAGCAAAAAUCUCUCAGAUUAUUGACAACUAGAAACCAUCAAAAUGUGAAACUCUCGAAAAGAGUAGUUAUCACAGAGUCUUCGUAAAAUUCUUCAAACGAACAUGAACACAUGCAUGCAUACACAAUCAUUGCAUACACUUCUUUUUUAACAGGGUCAUGAACAAGUGGAACAAUUUUUCUGUGUAUGUUAUAAACAUUGUGGCAUCCUUCGAGAGAUGCUUGAAGACUAGGGGUGACAUAAAAAAAAUAGUUGAGCUAAAUAAAAAAUACGUUGAGUUCACCCUUGCAGCCCAGAAUGCCUCAAAUAUACUUUAAUUAUUUUUUUUAGUUUGUAAUGUGAAAAUAAAAUGUUACCAAACAAAGUUGUUUUUUUAACUUCACUUGUUUGAAAGUCCAUUAAUUUCAAAUUAAGAAAUAACUUAAUUUUGGAUUAAAAAUUGAGAUAUGUUAUUGUUUCUUAAGAGUAAAUAUACAAUAAGAAUCAAGUUCGACUGAAAUACUUUCUCCUUUCAGAUUGCCAGCGGUUCUGAAACAAU